CUGACUUGGACCGGAAGUGAGGCUGUGUUUACGAACAGACUGUACUUCCGGUCAGCGGGAAGAGUUCGGCAGAAGUCCCAUUCCCCCCUUUUGUUUGCAUGUUUGUGUCUUAUUUUUCGGGAAACGUGUCUAAUACUGACAAACCAAUUACUCGGGAACCGAAAAAAAAGUUGUGACUCGUGUCAUUUUUGUUUUUUAGUUGCGUUAAAGUCAGGUGCUAGCCUGUUUGCGUGACAGUAGCUGUGCCAACAUUGCAGCAUUUGGACAGGUGUGACAUUUAUAUGUAAACGUUCAAAAUGUCGCGCGCGUUAAGUAUAUAUUUUUUUCGAAGAGCCAGGCUAUAUAUUUCACUGAGUCAUUGUGUAAUUUACAGCAACAUACCAUUAGUCAGCUAUUAAACGUAGCUUACCUUUCUGGAGUGUGUCAUGCACCUGAGCCGCCUCCUGUUUGGACUUCUAUCGACUUGCUGCAGAACUGCACACAAGCAAUUAGCAGUCAAUGUGCAAUCAAUUUGGUUUCCUUAUCGUCACACAAGACCAGAGGCUUGUCUCUCUCUGGUCAGCUUAAACAAGAUGGCGUCUGUCAGCAUCUCCCAUGAUAGGAGGCCUUUGGCUGAUGAUAAUAAUAAUAAUGAUGGUGAAAAAAAGGAGGAAGAAAACAGUGGUUCUAAAGACGAAACUGGACUAGAAAGAGUUUCAGAAGAGAGUCAAUGUCAGGUGAACACAGUUAUCACUGACUCUGGAGCCGCCAAUAAGACAAUCACCAAGCGUGAGUCGCGCAAAAAGAAGAGGAAGAGGGCGGGCAGCGGAGGACAAGUGGACAGCGAGGAAGACGCAGAGACAAAGAAGAAGAAGAAACCGAGCCAACGCCCUAACUACUUUAUCUCCAUUCCCAUAACCAAUUCACAGAUAAGCUCAGCAGUGUCUCAGGUCCAAGAAGCAUUGCUGGAGCAGGAGCCCCGUCUGGCCAAAGCCAUGAUCCCUGUCCCCACUCUGCACAUCACACUUCUAGUCACUCAUCUGGCUGACCAAGAGCAAGUGGACUUGGCGGCGGCGGUGCUGGCCCAGGUCGAGCCGUUAUUGGCUGAGCUGCUGGCGGGGGUGGAUCUGGUGCUACCCUUCUCAGGCAUCACUCACUUUAGGAACGAGGUGGUGUUUGUCGACCUGACACCUGGACUGCACAGACACAUACUGCACAGCCUGGCAGACUUGUUGCGCGGCCGUUUUGAGCAGCUGGGCCUCCUGGAAGGUGACCGUCAUGGGUUUGAACCCCACCUCACCAUUAUGAAGUUGUCCAAAGCACCAAAACUGAGGUCACAGGGUAUAAAGCGUGUGGACCCGGCACUUUACUCGAACUACACCAGCAGGUUUUUCGGCAACCAGAAGGUGGAGCGUCUGGAUCUCUGUUCCAUGCUCAAAAGAAAGCAGGAGGACGGAUACUACCACACAGAGACGUCGCUGCAACUCGGUGGGCGUCGCCGAUCAGAGCUUGAUGAGGCGGAGCUCCUGAGGAUCAGUAAGCGAUUGGUGGACGAUGCUGUCAAUCGGGCUCUGCAGCAAUACAAACAGGAAACGCUCCAGAACGGGGGCGGUCCCAACGUGCCUGCGGAGGGAACAAUAACAAAGACAGACAACACAGACGCCAGGAAGUGACAUCAUUGGACGUCUGAAGGAGUCCGUGACCGGGCAGCUUGUUGUCCAGCAGGCUUGACGGACUGAGAACGCUUUGGACGCUCAGCUCCAAACCAGCUUACUAA